UAUAUAAGGGAUCUAAAAGGAUUCAAUUUCAAGCAUUCCCCAGCCUAGAUGAUAAAAAACGAGGCAGAGAAGGAAAAAGAAAAACAAACAAACAAGCAAACAUGACACCUAAAGACAUGUUUACUCAUCUAGGAUCCAUAAUAGCGAGUUUGAUGUUUGUGUGGGCAAUGUUUCAGCAAUACUUUCCUUAUCAGCUCCGAAACUACAUCGAGAGGUACUCUCAAAGAUUGCUGGGCUUGGUUUAUCCUUACAUCCAAAUCAGGUUCAACGAGUUCACCGGAGAGCGUCUCAUGCGGAGUGAAGCUUACUCGGCCAUCGAGAACUACCUCAGUUCCAAUACCUCUUCGCAGGCGAAGCGGCUGCAGGCUGACAUAGUUAAGAACAGCGAGUCUCUUGUUCUUAGCAUGGAUGACCAAGAAGAGGUUGCUGACGAAUUUGAAGGAGUCAAGCUAUGGUGGGCUUCUGGGAAAAACAUCAUCAAAACGCCGUCACUUUCUUUCCACCCAGUUUCGGACGAGAAGAGAUUCUACAGGCUCACUUUCCAUAAACGACAUCGGGAUCUCAUUCUCCGGCCGUACCUGAAUCAUGUCCUGAAAGAAGGCAAGGCGAUUAAGGUGAGGAACCGGCAACGAAAGCUCUACACCAACAACGGCUCGUAUUGGAGCCAUGUCGUGUUUGAGCACCCGGCUACGUUUCAGACGCUGGCUAUGGAUCCAGUGAAGAAGAAAGAGAUUAUCGACGACCUCAUCACUUUCAGCAAAGCGGAAGACUUUUAUACAAGAGUUGGGAGGGCUUGGAAGAGAGGCUAUCUACUUUAUGGCCCUCCAGGAACUGGUAAGUCUACCAUGAUUGCUGCCAUGGCUAAUCUUUUGUGCUAUGAUCUAUACGACCUUGAAUUGACCGCGGUGAAGGACAACACUGAGCUGAGGAAACUAUUGAUUGAAACAUCAAGUAAGUCUAUUAUUGUGAUUGAGGACAUAGAUUGUUCACUCGAUCUCACUGGUCAAAGGAAAAAGAAAAAGGAGAAAGUGGAAGCAGAAGAAGAGAAGGAUUCGAAGCCAAAAGUAGAAAAAGAAGAAAAGGAUACCAGAGGGAGCCAGGUUACUCUUUCGGGACUCCUAAAUUUUAUAGAUGGGCUUUGGUCAGCUUGUGGUGGGGAAAGGCUGAUUGUGUUCACGACGAAUUUUGUGGAGAAGCUCGAUCCAGCACUGAUUCGGAAAGGACGGAUGGAUAAGCAUAUAGAGUUGUCCUACUGCAGGUUCGAGGCGUUCAAGGGGCUGGCUAAGAAUUAUCUCUAUCUUGAAUCUCACGACUUGUUUCUCCAAAUCCGUAAGUUGUUGGAAGAAACAGACAUUACUCCAGCUGAUGUUGCCGAGCAUUUGAUGCCCAAGACAAUUUCAGGGGAUGCAACAUUUUGCUUGGAGGGUCUGAUCCAAGCUCUUGAAACGAAAAAAGAAGAAGCAAGGUUGAAAGCUGAGGAAGAAAGGCAAAAGAUAGAACAAUCAGCCAAGGAAGAAGCAAAGGAGCAAGAUAAAAAUCAUGACUGAUGAAGGAUAAUGUGGAACCAAUAAUUCUCCCUGAUUCCUGAAUAUGCCACAGAAAAGCAGUCAUCAGCCCUGAUAAGCCAAAUAAAAAUAAGCCAAACUGGAGGAGCCAUCCCUGAUGAAAUGAGUGACGCUGGUGUAUGAAUCAAGAGUCCAGAGCUCCACGACUGGACAACGAAGGUUUAUUACUAUAUGAAAAGAAAAACUGCUACAGGCCAACCACUUCUGUGUACUACAAGUUUAAUCGAAUUAUUGUUUUUGGUGUGCCUAAAUCCAGAGUUAAGCUAAUGAAGAUCCUCUACAUAGUUCGCAAAGUUUGGAAAAUUUACCUGGUUGAACAUUAUAAAUUUCUUGUCAGCAAGCUUCCUUUUUGUUGGCCAAGUAUCCUUUUUUUGUUUUUUAGGCCAAGUAUCCUUGGUAUGCAUCAAUCGGAAUGAGCACUGCCUACGCUGAA